UCCGGAGCUGGUCCUCCACCUCGGCCACCAGCGGCCAAGAAAACAAGUGCGAGGGCGGCGCAGCCCGAGGCCCUAGGUCCCCGCCCCGUCGGGCGGGGUCUCCGCCUACUCCCUACGCGGCCCGAUCCGCCCCGGGGUCCCGGUACCUGCGCGAGCCGGCGGAGUCGGAGGCAUGGAGGGCGACUGUGGCCCGGAGGGCUGCCUGGGGCGCGCGGUGUGCGUGGUGACCGGGGCCUCCCGCGGCUUCGGCCGGGUGCUGACCCUCCUCCUGGCCCCGCUGCUCUCCCCCGGCUCCGUGCUGGUCCUGAACGCCCGGAACGACGAGGCGCUGCGGCAGCUGGAGGCCGAGCUGGGCGCCGGGCGGCCCGGGCCGCGCGUGGUGCGGGUGCCCGCCGACCUGGGCGCCGAGGCCGGCCUGCAGCGGCUCCUCGACGCCGUGCGCGCGCUGCCCAGGCCCGAGGGGCUGCAGCGGGUGCUGCUGAUCAACAAUGCAGGCACACUUGGGGAUGUGUCCAAAGGCUUCGUCAACCUGGCUGAUGCUGCUGAAAUGAACAGCUACUGGGCUCUGAACUUAACCUCCAUGCUCUGCCUGACUUCCUGCAUCCUGAGGGCCUUCCCGGACAGUCCUGGCCUCAGCAGGACUGUGGUUAACAUCUCUUCCAUCUGUGCUCUGCAGCCCUUCAAGGGCUGGACACUGUACUGUGCGGGGAAGGCGGCCCGUGAGAUGAUGUUCAAGGUGCUGGCCUCAGAGGAGCCUGGUGUGCGGGUGCUGAGCUAUGCUCCAGGGCCCCUGGACACAGACAUGCAGCAGGUGGCCCGGGAGACCUCUGUGGACCCAGACUUGCGGAAACGGCUGCAGGAGCUGAAGACAAAGGGGGAGCUGGUGGAUUGUAAGAUGUCAGCCCAGAAACUGCUAAACUUGCUUCAGAAAGAUAUGUUCAAGUCUGGAGCCCAUGUUGACUUCUUCGAUAAAUAAGCCCUAUCCUUGGUUUCCUGGGGCUCUCUUCCCCCUCUUUCGGGCACACCCAGAAGCCCUGUGCCUCCUCACAUCUUGCCACAAUGGCACCACCAACUCUGCUUUACACAGAUAAGCACUCAUGCCUACUGUCCUGCUCUCAGACCCAGCCAGCUGUGAGGUCACUGGGGCACUCAGUUCUUAGGCGUCUGUGUUGAGCACCCUUAAAUUAGGUGAGAGAAGUGAUGGGCAUUGGUGUUCUCCCUCCAGGAAUAGAAUCUCAAGGAUGGCAAAAGUAGGACAAGAAGUUGAAACACUGAAGAGAAGGGGUUGGGUCUCCUUCCAUGGCCAGUCCAUGGGGGGAGGGGGAGAGGCUGCUUCAAGAAGGAGGGCCCAGUAGAUUCACAGAUGGGCUGGCGGGGAGGGAGGACAGCGAAGUUUCAGUCUAUCUGGAUGCCCUUUACUCAGGGUAACAGGACCUUCUAUUGAACUUCAAAGCCUCAUUCUUAUACCUUCUCUCUCCAGAACCUACUGUUUGUUCCCCAGAUGGGGAGUAGGGGGCUGAGAGUUUUUGUACAUGUCAAAGGCAGUUACAAAUAAAGUGUGAGUUGUCCUUUAUUAGUGCCUGGAGUACAGUCAUGCCUCUGAUACAGGGCCCAUGACUAAUCCCCUGGUUUGCUGGGCCCAGGGGUAUUCCUGAGGCAAUCAACCCAAACAUGGGGUGCUGCCCUUAUUUCCAGAUUCAAACAAAGUUGGCCAAGAUGGGCACUCCCAGACACCUGUUCCUUCAUGCUUUUUUGCCUACAGUGACCCCAGUCCUGACUAACCUUUCCUCACCCUUGACUUACUCAUGAGGGUACAGCCUGUAGGGAUGGGUCAUUUCCCUGGCUCUGUUGGCUCCCAUUGAAGAAUGGACCGUGAAAGAACUGACUCCUUUCAUCCCCUUGCCCUCUACCUGAACCUUAGGCAUCCCUUUUCAUUCCCAUAAAUUUUGUUGGGACUUCCUCUCAGGCUCAGAUGGUCCAUUGACCUGUUAAUUCCAGGAUAUAACUAAACCAGAUAAGUAACUAUGCUAUUUCUAGCUUCUGUAAAUAUGCUUGCUUGAAUAAUAGGAAAGUGAAGGGGGGUGGGGGCGCUGGAAAUCUGGUGUACGUUCUUAAUCAGUCUAUGGUCUGGUCACUGCUCCCUCUUAAAUCAUCUGUCUUGCAGGACCUGUUUGCUUAAGCGUUGUUACCACCUUGGGAAGGCCAUAAACUGACGCUCCCAGACGGAAUUGUCAGGGCUGGUGCCAGGCCAGGCCUUGACGUAGGGUCUCACAGCACCAAUCCCAGAGGGUUUUUUUGCUCUUUUUUGCCUUUAUAAGCUUACCCCUAACUUCAUUUUGGGACCUCGAGGUUUCGAGUGGCGAUAGCCUUUCGUGGUCGCCGUCGGCUUUGAAGUAAAAGCUCUACAAUUCGA